AGAGUUAUAGGUUGCGAAUUUUCUCUGUAUCUGUUUGGCAUAUAACAUAACCCGGAAAACAUGGAUUCUUACAAUAGGUAGAUUGUUAUCAAAAUAAAUAUUAAGCUACAUAGAAAGGGAAAAUAUGUAUCCUUUGCAUAAGUACCUCCCGACACCAUUUGGGACGUAUCUACUGUAUAUUGAUAAUGGACCAACUAGGGUAAAAGUAAACAAGGACAAAGGGGAAUUGCCAUCUUAUCAAGCAGUGAAGGAUUAUACUAGACAACGACAGCAAAAUGCUACCGUCAAGUAUGAAGCUUUUCAAAAACCUGGAAUGGGAAGAUCCUCUGCUCCGGGAGAAAUGCACCGUCAUGGUGAACAAUCUAGGCUGCCAGCUGGCGGAAAGAAAAAGUCAUACACACCUUCGAGCAAUAUGCCAAAUUCAAUAUGGAGUCCAAAAGUGAAAAGACCCCAUUUAUCAUACAACAUGCGUCAACUCUGGCAUACUGGCCAACCUGUCAAAGAUCCUCCUUCUACCGUAGUAAAAGUGGACGAGGUCACAGGGGCAGAAGUAGUUCGUGAAGCUACAUGGACAAAAGAUCGGUUUUCAAGGAAGCAUGAAGACAUGACAACUUCACCAAGCUUUAGGGAGUCAAGAGAAACAAAUGAACCUAUACAUAGGUCAAGUCUAUCACUUCGUACAGAUGAAAUACUGAAAUCUAAAGCCUCGCCGCUAGGAGAUGAGCGCGGCAGUGGAAAUGAUGUGUUUCCCCAAACAAAAAAAUCAAAGCCUAAAGUACCUCCCAACACGGCGGCUAACUCGCCAGAACUGAGCGAAGCUUACAAGCGCCGAGCUAGUACUUUAAGGAACGACAUGGUCCCAAGAAUGCAAAGAAAACAAAAGAAAAAACAUCUUACCCUACAUAACACUCAUUACAAGAACACUCUUGAAUCGGAACCACAACGACACAAAGAAACUCAAACAUCACCCAUGAGAUUUGCAAGAACUAGCAUGGAGCACGCAGAUGACACAUUUCCCGGUAUAACAGGAUUCUUCAGUCCCCCUAGAAGUACCUCCGUACCCCUAGAAUCCCCCUUAUUGGCACAAUCACGUUCCAAAGAUCCACGUACAAGAAACUGUGUGCAAAAGACAGGGCUUCCUCCGAUUUUAGAAGGGGAAUCCGCGACACAGGAUACAAAAAGGGUUCCUAAAACUGUUGCUGUAGAAACCGAUGUGUGGCGACGAAGAGUGCGACGGGUACAAGAAUUCAGAAGUGCUUCUCCAACGUUUCCUAUCAAAUCAAAAGGAGAGUUUUGGGACGAUAUUAGCAAAGCAAGAUUAGCACACACCGGAAACUACGGUCUAUUGCCCUUUGCGUGGAAAGACCCAUUGCGAAAUCGUUUUGAUGAUGACCACACCAAGCAACAGCGAGCAACAGAAGUUGGAAAGAUAUUGCCAGUGAUAACACGAAUGUCUUCUGUACCGAGAGUUGCACCUUAUAGAGCAUAACUGCUUAUAUAUAUGUUCUUGUUUAAUUUUUCUGGAAACAUUAUGGAUGGAGCUACAUAUGUGCGUAUCUAGUAACAGCAAAAUUGAAAAUAAAUAUUAUACGUUAUAUACAACAUCUAAUUUCAA